UGUUAAAGAAGGUAACCUCCAAGCAUAUAAAUAUCUUUCCCAUGGCUCAGGGCUACUAACUUCUGGAGACGUUUAUAAGGAGUUCCAGUAAGCACAGACUGGCUGGAGCUUCUGCCAUGGAGGCACUGGCUUUCACAGAGGGGCCCAACCCUCACAGUGACCCCCAAACACCAAGAAACUAUAGGAUUACCCUGUGCCUUGCAGCAUGUUUGGUCAUCUUGAUGCUGGUUUUACUUCCAUUUUCUAUCGCCUGCAUUCUUCUCCAUCACAAACAGUCACCCAAGACUUGCUGGAUUCAUGGAUCUUCUCCAGUCCCUUCUGACAAGACUAUCCAUUGGGAAUGGAAACCCAUUUGCCCUGGCUCUGCACUGACUGCAAGUCCCUCCUCACUGGAAAUCUUGGAAAGUGGAAUGUAUUUUGUCUAUGCGUAUGUGGCCCUUACGGAGGAGGCCUCGACUGAACAUCGCUUUUCUGUUUACCUGAUGGCCGACUCUCAAGUUCACAGUGUUUUCCAAGGGCCCAAUGCUAUGCUUGCAUUUAUAAACAUGGGAAGGCCAUAUUUCCUGAAAAAUGGAAUAAAGUUGCACUUGGACAUUAAUGAAGGACUCACACAUAUUGACAGCAAUAGAACAUACUGGGGGAUUUUAAAAAUUUAACAAAGGCCUCAACCUGUGUCAGCUUUUACUAAGUUGAAAGAACUUGCAGAAUUAAUUCCUGAGGGGAAUUCUGGAUUUCUCAGCACUACACCACGGCGUUUGCCCAUGUUCCUGGAGGUUGGCUGGUUGCCCAGUCUUUGCCUUACAUUUUCCAAGACCAUAUGCUUUGGCUUUGCUUCACUCCAGCCAACAGGCAGACUAGAUCUUUUUGCACAAAGGAAGCAGAAACUGCAAUACCUUGACUCAUCCAAGACACAUUUGCACCAUUUAAUUGAAUAUCCUGCCUAAACCAAAGAUGGACGGAAGGUGAACCUAGAUGUACCGGUAGAUUUCUGGGUAAUGUGCAGUAAAUUUCCAAGAAUCUCUGACUCCCAAUUGUCUAACAGUCACAACAACUAAAAAGCCUCCACCCCCACCCCCAAAUUUAGGUUGCUGAGAGAUAACAUUGUGGGGAGGGAACCAGAAGGGGAUUUUUGUUUGAAAGAACUUGUGAAUGAACUUGUGAUCACUAUCAUAACUAGCCUCACGAAUUCCUGAACUGAGCAUAUCCUUAGAGGUAUUCCCUUCAUUUAAUUAUUCGUAUAUAUAUCUGCCUAUCUUUUUAGGAUAAAAAACACUGACUUGAAUGUCAUUGGGCUUCUUCACACUUGCCGUUUGCCUGACUCUUUUCAGGCAGAGAUAUGUGCUUUUUUUUGUAAAUAAUUUUUUAUUACUUUUUGACAGUUACAUUUUCACAAAUAAAAGCAGUAAUUAACUCACAUUUCUACCAAAUCUAAAUUUAUACAAGUACCUUCUCUUUGAGAUUUUUAAAAUCUCUGGACUUCCCCCCAUACACACUU